CUGAUCUGGCCAAAAGCCCAUUAUUGAGCUGAAUGCAGUGUGUGUACCUGGUGCUCUUAACAGGACAUAUUCCAACACAUGCUUCUCGUUUCCUUAUUUCAAAUUUCUCUGCUGUAUCUGAAAUAAUAAUUUUUUGUAUUAAAAAAAAAUGUGACUGUCUUCUGGGAAAAUGGCGGCUCCCGCCCACGCCCCAGAGUCCCCGCUGGCUGCGAAUCUGGCUGGGGCUGCCGAGGAAGCCGAGUUCCCACCGCCUCGCCAGCUGCAGCCCCAGCGCAAUGUCCUCGCUGCCCCGCGGCUUUGAGCCCCAAACUCCCGAGGACUUGGGGCCGCAGAGUUUGGCGGAGCUGCAGGAGAUGUUGAAGCGCCAGGAGAGACUUUUGCGCAACGAAAAAUUCAUUUGCAAAUUGCCCGACAAAGGUAAAAAGGUCUUAGGCUCUGUUGUCAAACUGAAAGCUGCCAUUACAGAAUGUGAAGAAGCUAGAGUAAAAAGUGAACUGUUUCAUCCUGUUAGUGUAGACUGUAAGCUAAGGCAAAAAGCAAUUGCAGUUAUUGAUGUGGACACGGAUAAGGGCCAGAAUUCUGACCAGAUACUUGAUACUUCAUCACUAGUUCCCAGCUGUUCCUCCAUAGAUACCAUCAAGUUAUGUAAAGCAAUUUCACAACAGGGACUUGUACAUCCUAUUCACAAAGGUGAUGAAGAGGCUCCAGACAUUGAGUACACAGUGAACAAGUGUCCAGCUUCCAGCAGCAGAACCAGUGUGCCUUCCUCAUCUGAAGCCAGUGAGCGUCUCCCUCAGCAUUGUGUUUCAAGUCAAGCAGAAGAUAGUUCUAGCAGCUCUGACCACCUGUUUAUUGAUAGGUCACAAAGGAUCACAGUUGCGGACCCAGAUGAGCACCACUCACAAGAAAAUACUGGUACUGAGAAUGAGAUAGGCUUUGGUAGUGGGACACAGAAGAAACCUCAUUACAUGGGAGUGCUAGAAAUUCGAGCCCAAAACCCUGUGCCCCCACCACAUAAAUUUAAAACAAACGCAUUACCUUCACAACAAAAGGAUUCAUUCAGUCACUGGCAGAGAGGAGGGCCCUCCGUUUCCUCAGUAGAAAGACAGCACAGGGACAAGAAGCAUCUUGAUGAUGUCACAGCAGCUCGGCUUAUGCUGCUUCACCGUCUGCCUUCACAGCUCCUCUCCAUAGAAGACUAUUUGGCACUUCAGAAACAGCAGAAACAGAAUUAUGAGGAGAUGCAAGACAAGCUUGCAGCACAAAAAUUAGCAGAAAGACUGAAUAUUAAAAUGCAGAGCUAUGCUCCAGAAGGGGAGACUUGGAGGAAAUACCGAAGGGAUGAAGAUGAUGAUCCGUCCUCCGACGACGAAUUCUGAAGUGGGCUUUGGGAUAAGCUCCUACAUCUGUGCCUGUUGAGAUGUCAUUAUCUUAGAUCAGACUUGCUAACAAGUAUCAAGAUCAGUGUCAGACAUUGAGGGAAAGAAUUUAUAAGGUUAUAAAAAAAGGUAGCUAUAAAAGUAGCCCAGUUUGUCUUUCAGAAGAUAACUGUGCUUGAAAAGUUUCAUAUUUGAAUAUUGUGUUUAGUCACGUAUUAAAAUUUCGCAGUAUGUUG